GGCCUUUUGACGUCCGCGUCGCGGUUGGCGGUUUCUCCUCGCGGAACGCGCAUAUAAAAUGUGUUGCACUCGAAAAUGCUUGUUGUCAUAUUUUUCUUGCUUCUCCCUUGAUUCUCGCUCUGUGAUUGUGAGAUUUUGGGAGAUUCAGAUCUGAUCUGAGCCUUAUUUGCUUCCCACAGCCAAUUACUGACAUUUCUUCCGAUCAAUCUCCACAAAAUGGCGACGGUGUCCCCUCUUGCCAAAUACAAGCUCGUCUUCUUGGGUGAUCAAUCGGUUGGCAAAACCAGUAUCAUCACACGCUUCAUGUACGACAAAUUCGACACCACUUAUCAGGCUACUAUUGGAAUUGACUUCUUGUCAAAAACGAUGUAUCUUGAAGACAGAACAGUUCGUUUGCAGCUUUGGGAUACUGCAGGACAAGAAAGAUUUAGAAGUCUCAUUCCAAGCUACAUCAGAGAUUCUUCUGUCGCAGUUGUUGUAUAUGAUGUAGCAAACAGGCAAUCAUUUCUAAAUACUAGUAAGUGGAUUGAGGAGGUGCGUACAGAAAGGGGCAGUGAUGUUAUUAUUGUCUUGGUUGGGAAUAAAACCGAUCUCGUUGAUAAAAGGCAAGUCUCAAUAGAGGAAGGGGAUGCCAAGUCUCGUGAAUUUGGAGUCAUGUUUAUAGAAACAAGUGCUAAAGCGGGCUUCAAUAUUAAGCCUUUGUUUCGUAAAAUUGCGGCUGCCUUGCCCGGGAUGGAAACUCUGUCUUCCACAAAACAGGAAGAAAUGGUUGAUGUAAAUCUAAAGCCUACUGUCAAUUCAUCCAAUCCAGAGCAGCAAGGAGGAGGUUGUGCAUGCUAGAGAAAGUUAGAGAUGCAUCCAACCCACUGAAGAAAUCAGCUAUAAAAACGUAAGUGUAGGAGCGAAUGGAAAAGAAGAUAAUCAGAAGACGAAUCCAAAGCUGCAAACUAUGAAGGGUGUCAGAAAAAGCGCAACGAAAUAUAAUAAUGAUCCGUAACAGCUACUCAAGUUGGUUAAUUAUGAAAAACACAAGAAUUAUGAUUGACAAUUUGAAUUUGAUGUCCUUGAUAUUCAAUCUUUAAUUUCAAGUCGACCAUCUCUACUCUUCCGUAGAACUUUUAAUUACCCCAAGCAAUGCAUGAACAUAAUGCUUGUUUUACCCUUUUGCUUUUGAAUCACAUGAAAUGUAAUUAGAGUUGGUAAUAUGAGUUCGCCUGUGACCUGCGGGCUGGCUCGCAGCUGAUUGUGGGCU